AGUAAUCCGCCAACGAGGCGAAGAAGAUGAAGUAGUUCAAGAGCUUCAGAAGCUUCCUGAAGUUUGUCGGUUAGGUCUGUUCUGUGAAAUAUGUGGACGAAUAAAAGCUAACUUUGAUAGAUAUAUUUGCGCUUGAGUGUCAACUCGUGUGACGUUUAUGAGCACGACGUUAAUGCGCGCUCACUGGAGUUUUGAAGGCAGCUACCUUGCGAAGCUAGCUGUCAUCGCUUGCCUUGUUUUGGUUUGGUUUGGUUUGUCUCUUUGUGUGGGAUUUUGCGUGGACAAAACACAUGAGCGUGUCUCUGGUGGUCAUCCGCUUGGAAAUCGCCGCCCAGUCUCCAGCCCCGCAAGGCUUCCGCUACUCGGCCGUGAGUGGCGGCAUGUCGGAGGAGCAACUUGAGGACAAAUCUUUGGGCCUGGCCAGGCUGGCCCUGAGCGGCAAAUCGGAGCUGGAGAGGAGCGCCGUGUUGCACCAACACAUGGGCAGCAGAUCCAUGGGAGACAUGGUCAUCGAGACCUUUGAACCCAGCCCAGACAAAGGUGGCGGUGGCGGGGGGGAAGAACCAGGAGGAUGCGCAGAGGGCAAGCGAGCCGAGUCGGCGUCGGCCCCGGACUCUCCCUCCAAGCAGCUGCCCCAGCAAAUCUCCUUCUUCAGCGGGAACCCGUCAGUGGAGGUGGUGCACGGGAUCUUGCACCUCUACAAGACCAACAAGAUGACGUCGCUGACGGAGGAGGUGAGGCGCAGCGCCAUGGUGUGCAUCCUCACGGUUCCUGCCACCAUGACCAGUCACGACCUGAUGAAGCUGAUGGCGCCCUUCAAUGACGUCAUGGAGCACAUGAAGAUCAUCCGAGACUCCACCCCCAACCAGUACAUGGUGCUCAUCAAGUUCAGCACGCAGGCGGACGCAGACAGCUUCUACGCCACGUGUAACGGCCGCCAGUUCAACUCCAUCGAGGAGGCGGUGUGUCAGCUGGUCUACGUGGAGCGUGCCGAAGUCAUCAAGUCGGACGAGGGCGCCAGUUUGCCCGUGAUGGAGCUGACGGAGCUUCCCAAAUGCACCGUGUGUCUGGAGCGCAUGGACGAGUCGGUCAACGGCAUCCUCACCACGCUGUGCAACCACAGCUUCCACAGUCAGUGUCUGCAGCGAUGGGAGGACGCAUCGUGUCCCGUAUGUCGCUACUGUCAAACUCCCGAGCCGGUGGAAGAAAACAAAUGCUUUGAGUGCGGCGUGCAGGAGAACCUGUGGAUCUGCCUGAUCUGCGGCCACAUCGGCUGCGGUCGCUACGUCAGCCGCCACGCCUACAAGCACUUUGAGGAGACGCAGCACACCUACGCCAUGCAGCUCACCAACCACCGCGUGUGGGACUACGCCGGAGACAACUACGUCCAUCGGCUGGUGGCCAGCAAGUCGGACGGCAAGAUGGUUCAGUACGAGUGCGAGGGGGACACCUGCCAGGCCGAGAAGAUCGACUCCCUGCAGCUGGAGUACUCGUAUCUGCUGACCAGCCAGCUGGAGUCGCAGCGAGUCUAUUGGGAGAACAAGAUUGUUCAUCUGGAGAAGGAGACGGCCCAGGAGAUCAACAACAUGAAGGCAAAGUUCAAGGAGACUCUGGAGCGCUGCGACAACCUGGAACGCCGACUGGGAGAAAUCAGCAAGGACAAGCAGAGCACGGAGAAGAAGUGCGCGCAGCUGAGCGCCCGCGUCAUGAAACUCAGCCACGAGUUGAAAGAGGAGCAGGAGAUGAACAAAUAUCUGCGAGCCAACCAGACGCAGCUUCAGACCCGACUAGCUGAUGAGGAGCGCAGAGCCAAAGAGAGCGGCGAGCAGAAGGACCAGGCCAUGGCCGAGCUUCAGGAGCAGCUGCGCGACGUCAUGUUCUAUCUGGAGACGCAGCAGCACAUCCAGCAUCUUCCUGACGAGACGCGGAAUGAAAUCCAGGAAGGCCAAAUCAAUAUGGCGGCGGGACCCGCCGCCGAGGGCGACGCCGGCCCCCCCGACGCCGUCAGAGGAAGGAGGGGCCGAGGCAGGAAGAGGAAGUAGAAAGCGUCCUGAGACUUUUGAAAGGCCGCGCUUUGGAGCAUGUAAAUACGUCCGUCUUUUCUUAACCUAUUUAUGCGCCUAACGUGGCAUUUUUGCUCCGUGUUGCAAAUAACGCUGUCAAAACAUGUCCACAGCAAAUAAAAGAGCUCAUUCAUGCCGUC